AUGGGUGCUGAAGACGAUUCGAUUGAACAAAAAGCUGCUGCUCGUAAAGAGGCACUUAAAGCUCUAAGGGCAGCUCAGGAAUUGUCUGAGAGCAAGGAAGAUGGAGAAGAUGAUGCAGUCGAACAAGAGGAUGGUCCAGCUAUGAAGUUUAGAAAUUAUGUUCCCCAAGCUAAGGAGCUUCAGGAUGGUAAAGUUGCCCCGCCAGAGCUACCGAAAUUUGAAGAUCCAAUCGCUGCGCUUCCACCUGCAGUGGAGAAGAAAGAGGACCCAUUUGUCAACAUUGCUCCAAAGAAGCCAAACUGGGACCUCCGAAGAGAUGUGCAGAAGAAGCUUGAUAAGCUCGAAAGGCGGACUCAAAAGGCAAUGUUUAAACUCAUGGUGGAGCACGAGAAGGAACGUGAGAUGGCGGAAGCUGAUGGAAACGCCAUAGAAAGUUGA